AUGCAAAUACUUUCUCUAAAUUUUUUAAUAUAUAAUCUUUGUGGUAUGUGGCGACCUAAUGAGUGGUCAUCAAAUAGUGCAAAACUGUUGUAUAAUGUCUUUACCUUUACGGUAAUAUUCUCGGAAUAUUUUUUGUUAGUAACUCAAUUUAUGGAUAUAGUUCUUAUUGUUGAUAAUAUCGACGAUUUUGCUACUAAUACUCUAAUGUUCCUGAGUAUUGUUGCUGUAUGUUGUAAAGCGACUAUUGUUGUGAUACGUCGGAAUGCGAUCAUUAACUUGGUGAAAAUAUUGAUGGAGACGCCGUUUAAACCUCGAGAUGAGGAUGAAGUAGCGAUAAAAACAAAAUUUGAGAUGUUUAUCAGAUCGUGUUUGAUAAAAAAUAUACUUUUGGCGAUGACUUCUAUUACAGGCAUUACGAUAGGAUCAGUAGUAAAUAUAAUGCAAGGUUAUCUUCCUUAUCGAAUAUGGCUACCAUUUAAUUACAGUGUACCUUUAGCAUUUUGGAUUAUAUCCAUUCAUCAAGUCGUAACUAUAAUUCUUGCCACUAUGAUAAAUGUCAGUACGGAUUUUUUAAUCUUUGGAUUGUUUUUACAUACAUGUGCCCAGCUUGAAAUUUUCGAAAGCCGUCUUCACAAAUUAGUGAUUAAAAAAACAAUUAGAUGUCUAGAAAAUGCAGUCUCUUCGUUAAAUAAGGAUAAAAUAGGGAUAUCGGAAUGUAUACACCAUCACCUCAGCAUUUACAAAUACGCCAAAACGGUAAACGUUAUAUUCAACCAAGUGCUCUUCGUUCAAUUCGUUGCAAGCAUACUAAUAUUAUGUACAUGUGUGUAUUAUCUGUCAAUAAAUAUUACAGAAUUGUCUCGUGCUGCAACUUUUUUUGUGUACACCAUUGGCAUGUUUGUACAAGUUUACAUUUAUUGCUGGUCCGGAAACGAAGUCAUUCUUAAGAGUAUGAGUGUAGGAGACGCUGUAUAUUGUAUGGAUUGGCCACUAUUAUCAGUUAACGAAAAGAAACAGUUGCUCAUGGUCAUGAUACGGAGCACAAUUCCUAUAAAGUUCACAAGCAGCUUUUUGAUAACCGUCUCCCUUCAAUCUUGCACCAAUGUUAGUCCAAAUAUGCAAAUACUAUCUCUAAAUUUUUUAAUACAUAGCCUUUGUGGUAUAUGGCGACCUAAUGAAUGGUCAUCAAACGGCGCAAAACUGCUAUACAACGUAUUUACUUUUAUUGUAAUAUUCUCGGAAUAUUUUUUGGUGUUAACUCAAUUUAUGGAUAUAAUUCUUGUUGUUGAUAAUAUCGACGAUUUUGCCACUAAUACUCUAAUGUUCCUAACUAUUGUUGCCGUAUGUUGUAAAGCGACUGUUGUUGUGGUACGUCGAAAUGCAAUCACGAACUUGGUGCAAGUAUUGAUGAAGACACCGUGUAAACCUUGUGACGAGGACGAAGUGGCGAUACAAACAAAAUUCGAUACAUUUAUCAGAUCGUGCUCGAUAAAAUAUUCACUUUUAGCAACUAGCUCCGUUACAGGCACUACAAUAGGAUCAGUAUUAAAUGUUAUGCAAGGUCAUCUGCCCUAUCGAAUAUGGUUGCCAUAUGAUUACAAUGUAUCUACGAUGUUUUGGAUUAUAUCUGUUCAUCAAAUCAUAACUGUAAUUUUUUCCGCUAUGAUAAAUAUUGGCACGGAUACAUUACUCUUUGGAUUGAUUUUACAUACAUGUGCCCAACUCAAAAUUUUUGAAAGUCGUCUUCACAAAUUAAUAACUAAUAGAACAAUUAGAUAUCUGGAACAUAUAUUCCCUUCACCUAAUAAAAACAAAACAGGAAUUUCAGAGUGCAUACGCCAUCAUCUUAACAUUUAUAAAUACGCCAAAACGGUAAACGUUAUAUUUAACCAGGUGCUUUUCGUCCAAUUCUUUGCAAGCAUACUGGUAUUAUGUACAAGUGUGUAUUACUUGUCAAUACAUAUUACAGAAUUGUCUGGUACUGCGACUUUUUUAGUAUACACUAUUGGCAUGUUUGUACAAAUUUAUAUUUAUUGCUGGUCUGGAAACGAAGUUAUUCUUAAGGUAAUGAUCGAUAUAAAGUCGAAAUUCAUGCGUAUUUCGAAUAUGCAAUUAUUUUCAUUAAAUUUUUUUAUGUACACCAUUUCUGGUAUAUGGCGACCGAUUGAAUGGUCAUCAAAUGGUGCCAAUUUUCUAUAUAAUGUAUUUACUUAUAAUGUAUUACUCUUGGAAUAUUUUUUGAUGUUAACUCAAUUCUUGGAUAUUCUACUUGUUAUCGACAAUAUCGAUGAUUUUGUUGCUAAUUCUAUAUUAUUCGUGAGUGUUGCUGCUGUUGUAUGUAAAGCGACUGUCGUUGUAAUACGUCGAAAUGCAAUUAUUAGUUUAAUACAAAUGUUAUUGAAGUGUCCAUGUAAACCUCAAGAUGAGGACGAAAUGGCAAUACAAACAAAAUUUGACAAAUUCGUCAGAUCGUGUUCAAUAACAUAUUUGCUUCUGGCGAUAAUCUCACUUACAGGCGUCAUAAUAGGAUCAGUAUUAAAUAUUAUGCAAGGUCAACUACCUUGUCGAAUAUGGUUGCCAUUGGAUUACAAUAUGCCUUUAGUGUUCUGGAUUAUAUCUAUUCAACAAGUCAUAGCUAUAAUUGUUGGCACUAUCAUAAAUGUCGGUACAGAAACCCUAGUCUUUGGAUUGAUUUUACAAACGUGUGCCCAACUCGAAAUUUUCGAAAGUCGUCUUCAUAAAUUAAUAAUUAAUAAAACAGUUAAAUAUCUGGAACACGCACUCUGCUCGUUGAAUGAAAGCAAAAUAGAGAUAUCAGAAUGUAUACGACAUCAUCUCAGCAUUUACAAGUAUGCCAAAACAGUAAACGUUAUAUUUAAUCAGAUACUGUUCGUACAAUUUUUUGGUAGUAUAUUGAUAUUAUGUACAUGUAUAUAUUAUGUAUCAAUGCAUAUUACGGAACUGUUUGGCAUUGCAACUUUAUUAGUAUAUAUCAUUUGCAUGUUUGUACAAAUUUACAUUUACUGCUGGUCCGGAAAUGAAGUUAUACUUAAGAGUAUGAGCGUAGGGGAAACUAUAUAUUGUAUGGAUUGGUCACUAUUAUCAGUUACCGAAAAGAAAGAAUUGCUAAUAAUUAUGAUACGUAGCACAAUUCCUAUUAAGUUCACUAGCAGCUUUUUGAUAACUUUAUCUCUUCAAUCUUACAGCAACGUUAUUUUCGUUGUCAAUAAUAUCGAUGAUUUUGCUACAACUACUCUAAUGUUUUUGACCAUUGUUGCCGUUUGUUGUAAAGCGACUGUCGUUGUGAUACGUCGAAAUGCGAUCAUCAACUUAGUGCAAAUAUUGUUGAAAGCACCAUAUAAACCUCGAGACGAGGAUGAAGUAGCUAUACAAACAAAAUUUGAUAAAUUUAUCAGAUCAUGUUCGAUAAAAUACUCACUUUUAGCAACAAGUUCCGUUACAGGCACUACAAUAGGAUCAGUAUUAAACAUUAUGCAAGGUCAUUUGCCUUAUCGAAUAUGGCUGCCAUGCAAUUACAAUGUAUCUACGAUAUUUUGGAUUAUAUCAAUUCAUCAGAUUUUAACUAUAAUUUUUGCCACAAUGAUAAAUGUUGGCACAGAAACCUUAGUCUUCGGAUUGAUUUUACAAACGUGCGCUCAGUUUGAAAUUUUAAAAAAUCGUCUUCAUAAAUUUAUAAUUAAAAAGACAGUUAAAUAUCUAGGACAUGCACGCCCUUUGUCGAAUGAAGACAAAACAGGAAUAUCGGAGUGUAUACGUCAUCAUCUCAGCAUUUAUAAAUACGCUAAAACGGUAAACAUCAUAUUCAACCAAGUGCUCUUCGUUCAAUUCUUUAGUAGUAUACUGGUAUUAUGUACAAGUGUGUAUUACUUGUCAAUGCAUAUUAAGGAACUGUCUGCAGCUGCAUCUUUAUUAGUAUAUACCAUUUGCAUGUUUGUACAAAUCUUCGUUUACUGCUGGUCCGGAAACGAAGUCAUGCUUAAAAGUAUAAGCAUAGCAGACGCUAUAUAUCGUAUGAAUUGGCCAAUACUGUCGGUCAACGAAAAAAAAGGAUUGUUGAUGAUCAUGAUACGUAGUACGAUUCCUGUGAAAUUUACUAGUAGCUUCUUGAUAACUUUAUCUCUUCAGUCUUAUAGCAACGUUAGUAUCAUUUAGUGUCAAAAUAAAUAUUUGACAUAUGAUGAUUUUGAUGUGGAGAACAAAAAGCGUUCAGGACGGCCAAAAGCAUUUGAAGACGAAGAAUUGCAGGCAUUGGUGGAGGAAGGCCAAUGUCAAACGCAAAAACAACUUGCAGAAACAUUAAAUUGUGCUCGAACUGUUAUUUCCGAUCAUUUGAAAGCCUUGGGAAAGAUCUAA